GAGUGCUCUCUCCAGGCUGGAGGUACCGGCCGUACCGAUUCAGUGUAGUGUUUGUGAAGUGUUUGCGGAAACAUGAUAGAGUCUGUUAUAUUUUUCAGGACAAGAUUCGUCUCCUCCAAGAUGAUCUGGAAUCCGAAAGGGAGCUGCGUCAGAGGAUCGAGAGGGAAAAGGCAGAUUUAAGCGUGCAAGUUAUUCAACUCUCUGAGAGGCUGGAGGAAGCUGAAGGUGGAGCUGAGAGUCAGUUCGAGAUCAACAGGAAACGCGACACCGAACUUACCAAGCUCCGCAAAUUACUGGAAGAUGUCCAUCUGGAGUCUGAGGAGACCGCCCACCUGCUUAAGAAGAAGCAUCAGGAGAUUGUGGUUGACUUCCAGGAACAAAUCGACCAGCUUUCCAAAGGCAAAGCCAGGGCUGAGAAGGAGAAGUCCAAGUUCCAGGCUGAAGUUUACGAGUUGUUGGCCCAAGUGGAGAACGUGACCAAGGAGAAGAUUACUAUUACCAAGCAUGUUGAGAAGUUGGAAAUCUCUAUCAGUGAACUCCACAUCAAGAUUGAAGAGCUGAACCGUACAAUUGUUGACAUCACAUCGCACAAACAGCGCCUGUCACAGGAAAAUGUUGAGCUCAUCAAGGAAGUUCAGGACCUUAAGGUGAACAUCGAAAAUGUCACAUACCUGAGGAGCCAGCUAGCCAGUCAGCUCGAAGAUUCACGCCGCAGGCUCGAAGAUGAAGAGAGAAGGCGUUCUCUACUUGAGGCUUCAUUGCACCAGGUUGAGAUCGACCUGGAAUCUGUACGCGUACAAUUGGAAGAAGAGUCAGAAGCCCGUUUGGACUUGGAACGUCAACUGGUUAAAUCCAAUGGUGAAGUACAGCACUGGAGGUCUAAGUUUGAGGCUGAGGCUGCUGCCAGGGCUGAAGAGAUUGAGGAGAUCCGUCGGAAAUACUCCAUCCGCAUCCAAGAACAAGAAGAACAAAUUGAAACUCUUAUCGCUAAGAUCAGUAAUGUUGAGAAGCAGAAAUCACGUUUGCAGAGUGAGGUGGAAGUACUCAUCAUCGACCUUGAGAAGGCCAACGGAACAGCUAGGGAGCUGCAGAAGAGGACAGAGCAGCUGGAGCGCAUCAACAUCGAGAUCAAGUCGCGUUUGGAGGAGACGGUGCAGUUGUACGAGACGUCGCAGCGUGAUCUGCGUAACAAACAAACAGAGUUACAGCGUGUCUCGCACGAACUCGACAAGACUCGUGAGCAGAAGGAUGCUCUUGGCCGCGAAAACAAGAAACUGGCCGAUGACUUGCACGAGACCCGUGCUAACCUUACGGAGUUGAACCGCCGUCUUCACGAGCUCGAAAUCGAGCUGCGCCGUCUUGAGAACGAGCGAGAAGAACUCACUGCUGCCUACAAAGAGGCUGAGGCUGGUCGCAAAGCUGAGGAACAGCGUGCCAUGAGACUGACAGCUGAACUUGGUCAGUUCCGUCACGAAGCUGAGCGUCGCCUCCAAGAGAAGGAAGAAGAGAUCGAAGCUAUUCGCAAGCAGACCAGCAUUGAGAUCGAACAGUUGAAUGCCCGUGUCGUUGAAGCCGAAACUAAACUGAAGUCGGAAGUUGCUCGCAUCAAGAAGAAGCUCCAGAUCCAAAUCACCGAGCUCGAGCUGUCGCUUGACGUUGCCAACAAGACCAACAUCGACCUUCAAAAGACUAUCAAGAAGCAAUCCCUGCAGCUCACCGAGAUCCAGACCCACUACGAUGAGGUCCAAAGGCAACUGCAAGUGACCCUUGACCAAUAUGGCGUCGCUCAACGUAGGAUACAAUCGCUCACUGGUGAAGUUGAAGAGAUCCGUGGCAAUUAUGAACAGGCUCUUCGUGCUAAGCGUACUGUCGAGCAGGCGUUCGAAGAGGCGCAGACUCGCAUCAACGAGUUGACAGUAAUCAACGUGAACCUGUCCAGCAGCAAGGCCAAGAUCGAACAGGAACUCGCCGCUGUCGCCGCUGACUACGACGAGAUCACUAAAGAACUGCGCGUUGCCGACGAGAGAUACCAGCGUGUUCAGACUGAACUAAAACACACCGUUGAACACCUCCAUGAGGAGCAAGAGAGGAUCGUCAAGAUUGAAGCCGUAAAGAAAUCCCUCGAGAUCGAAGUCAAGAACAUUUCCGUCCGCCUGGAAGAAGUCGAAGCUAAUGCAAUUGUUGGUGGAAAGCGCAUUAUCAGCAAACUGGAGGCGCGCAUCAAGGACAUGGAACUGGAAUUGGACGAGGAGAAGAGGAGGCACGCUGAAACCAUCAAGAUCCUCCGCAAGAAGGAACGCCAGGUCAAGGAGGUCAUGAUCCAAUGCGAGGAAGACCAGAAGAAUAUCGCUCUCCUCCAAGACUCCCUAGAGAAGACCUCGCAAAAGGUCAACAUCUACAAGAGACAAUUGCAAGAACAGGAGGGAGUAUCCCAACAGAGCGUGACCAGGGUACGACGAUUCCAGCGUGAGCUCGAAGCUGCCGAGGAUCGCGCCGACGUCGCUGAGAGCAACCUGUCUCUCAUUCGUGCCAAGCACCGUACAUUCGUGACCACCUCCACAGUGCCCGGAUCCCAAGUCUACCUGGUCCAGGAGUCCCGUGCCCUCAGCACGGAGUGAGCAUGAACUCGCCUUCGCCCCGCUUCACCAGCAUUUCUCUCUACCAGUCGUUAACGGGGCGCAAUUCCGGUCGGGUAUAAGCCUAGUCGUUCGUUAAGUGAUGUAUGAUCUAGACAACAGAUGGCGCUAACAAGCGGGUGCUCAGUAACGCCAUCUGUUGGUAUAUCUGCAAGUCGGGACGGGCGCUCGGCGCAACGGCUCGCCCUAACGUCGCCGUGUCUCAUCGUAUGGCCAUACGCCGACCGUUCGUCCCACUGGCAUUUUUUUAAUGUAACGCUAAAUCAAUCAAAUAAAGGAACCAAAAAUUCUCCAAGCUUUUUUUUCAUUAUUUUUAUUAUAAGGUUACCAGCGCUAUAGAAUGCAAUGUCGUUAUACGCCAUACUACGGUGUAGUAGUUAAAGUAAAUGAAUUAUUUUAUAUUAUUAUUUAUUAAUGGUGCAAUACAAAAUUGUACGUUUGUAACUGUAACUUUUAAAAAUAAAUGCUAUUUAUGUU